CUCGGAUUUCGAGUCUUCGAGGCAACGAGCAGAUCAUGACGUGGGUUACCUGUUUGCUAAGGUAUGGAGAGGAAAUUAGCAAGGUAUAAAGAAGUAUAAAAACCACGUCGUAACCAUGAGUGAAAGUGAAGGAAGGAGCAUACUCAGGGUCAUGUCCUUUUUGGCAUUAGCCGGUGUGGCCAAUGGAAUGCUAGGGCUCCACUCACACAUGCACUGGCUCGUUGAUUUGAUGGAGUCCAUCAUUGACAACCCACUAGCGACUGCCGGGGAUGUGGACAGCUACGUGAACGAGCUCCGUGGCCUGGCAGACGUGCAGAUCGCAAAGCAUUUCUCAGCCUCGGCCCAGCGAUAUAAGAGAGACCUAGAUAUGACGUCGGCCAACGUGACGGGAAUAAAGGAUUUUGCAUUCAACAUGUCGAAUCCUUCAGCGUUCAAUUCCUCUCGGUUCGAUGGCGUCACGGCUUCACAAAUAUUCCGAACCCAAGACAAAGACUACUGGUUGUUAGGUUAUUCCGGUAACGCGUCGCAAGUGUUAAUGGAGAGAACAAGAACUGGAAAUGUCCUUUCACUCGUGGCAGAAUUCACAUUGUCUGUGGUGUAUGCAAAGCUGGAUAGGAUGUCGUGUGCCACAACGAACGGAACAGCCUGGAUCGUUAUGGGUUCAACACAGAACAACCUGCUGUCCAUCGUUUCCGUGAAUCUCACCUCAGGGGCUGUGAAGAAGACGCAGGUCCUCACAUGCGGGGCUGUUGUGGGGGCGCUGCACAUGUUCGAAGUCAGAGGGCGUGUUUACUUGGUGCUUGGGGCUAACGGCAUGGUGAAUGACGUACCCGCGGAAUCUAGACUUUACAAGCUGUUGGGUCAGCAUUUCGACCACGAUGAUCACGUCCGCUUCGAAACGAGCAUGGUUCGUGACGUCACUGGGUUUCGCUACAGAGAACGAAAGUAUUACCUUGUUCUCGGGUCGGUCCAUUCUGAAGGUACACGGGUGUACGAGUUCGACAUCCAGUCAGAAGAAGUGAAGUUAGUCCAGUUGUUGCAUGGAUCGGCGGUAUAUGGUCUGCUACACUAUGAAGAAAAGCAAGAGUUGCAGCAUUACAUCGUAAUGCUGAGUACAGCAACGUCGCCAAAGAUAUAUCGGUGGCUGAACAACCACCUCCUGUUGUGGCAGAUGUUACCCGCAGAUUCUACGAUUCAAGAAGGCGGCAGUGUUCAAGCCAUUUCUUUAAGUUUUGUAGAAAGUGUUCUCGUCCUUACCAAUGGCGGCAAGAUCACAAUGUACAGGGAUGACAAGCAUGCACGGAUGGUCCCCACGUUCGACACUGAAGUCGCCUGCUCUGCCAUCGGUGACCUGUCUAUCAUAAAAGUAAAUGAGGAAUAUGUGAUGGUUUUUAUUUGCAAGAACCUUUCGGGCGGCACAACGAUGAUGUUUCGAUCUGUUAUGGUGGAACAGAUAGAGCUAGAAAAAGGAAUUCCAGAAAUCAUUCACGACUGCAUCCAGGAAGUGAAGAAAGGACUCGAGGACAGAAGACCAAUCAUAUCGGAUUUUAAGGACAUCCUAGCAAACAAUCGACUAUUGACUACAGACACUACGCAGAUGUGGACAGGACCUGUAUCGUUCCUCGGAGGACUGACUGUGAACGGCACGACUUCGAUCCUUCACACAGUCCAUAUUACGAAGGAAGACGCAAAACCGAACCAGGAAACUUUCGACGAAUUUGUCUCUGAAGCUUUACAUCUGAAGGAUGAAGUGAAAGCACUACAUUCAAACACGUCGGAAAUCCUGUAUCACACGAAGGACCAAGUUAUCAAAGGUCCCGUAACGGCCCACUCGAUCACUGCCCAUCUCUUCGAAUCGAAUUCAUCAAAGAUAACACAAUUGAAUGGCGUGCCGCUACUGGGCAUCAAAGACAUAUACUUCAUAGAUGGGCAGGACCAGAAUGCGAGUUCCACCUUCUUCCACACAAUGAAGGUCGAAGAAUUUGUCACGAGAGGCCCGUCGUCCUCAUCCACCGUCAAUGGCCUCUUUACAAAUCAGUAUAUGCGCAAGAGUUUGAUUUCACAAGUAGUGUCAGGGCGACACACGUACAUGAACCUGGUGACAGGGAACAUCUGUGGUUUGGGUGGCGUAGGCUCACCACUGAUGGUCAAUGCAAUAAACACCUCAUCUAUAGUUAUGAGAGGCAGUAACGUUACGUUUGCUGAUAAAAAGACAUUCCAGAGCUUCACUGUUCGGCAUUUGAACAUAUCGCUGAUUAAUGAUGUUAAUCUCUCAAGUUUGGCCGAUAGACUUGUUUACAAAAACCUCUACAAGACCCAUGUUUUGGCUGGAAACUAUACUCUGGACGUUGUAAGGGUAUCGGGCAAUGUUGACGUGGCAACAAUCAACAACGUGGACAUGAUGGAACUCUACCAGUCUGUCGUAAAGUCCUCAGGGGAUUUCGCAUUAUCAGGCGACAUAAUAUACCAAACGGACCUCCGUGUUUCGGGAAGCGCCAAUACCCCGAAAGUAAAUGGUAUUGAAUGGGAAGACAUUGUGUGUGUUCCCUUCAGUGACGUUAUAACUGGUCACUAUCACUUUACAAACGCUACUGUGAAAACGGCCAUCAUCAGUAAUGACAUCAAUGGAAUCGACAUUAGUAAAGAUGCUGUACUCCUUGAUACUGAUCAAGAUAUCCAAGCUCGCAUUACGUUCCUUGACGACGUAUCUGUGACGAGCAGUGAAGGAGUAUUAAUGACACCAGCCGCCACCAUCAACUCUAUUGACCCACGGGAUUUGAUACGCGAUUCCAUGGGUACUCUUGUUAUAGAGACUGGUUUUAACUUCACAUCUCCUCUCUUGGUGUCAGGCAACGUGACCGUGCAGAUGAUUAAUGGGUUGCUGAUGGAUGGCAUUGAGAACCGCUUUUGGAGGAAGCGUUUGGAUCAGCAGGUCCCUUCGUCUCCGACCAUUGACUCAGUCGUUUUCAAAGGUCCUGUCACUGGUGAGAGUAUCAAUGGCCAUCAAAUGGAAGAUUAUCUAAAUGUGAUGGACCAGCAGAUGAUCAACGGGACAUACGUGUUUCAGGCAUUAGUGACAGUUGAUGGUAAUCUCGGUUUUCUCGAAGGUGGCACUGUGGAUGGGGUAGACGUCUCUGCACUGAAAGAUAACGUAGUUCAUUUACAGGGAGAUCAGAUCAUAGAUGGGCUGACGACCAUUUCCAAGCUGAGAAUUGAUCAUGAUUUGAAAGUCAGUGGGAAACUCAAUGGAUGGAAUGUGGCGUCAGAUCUGAUGAGGCUCGAUGAAUCGUUCCCACACAUUGGCAAUCUGACUUUCACGAACAAAACGACAGCCACUUCCGUCAAGAUGACGAACUCGGACUUACUUGUGAAGAGCCUUAACGGAAUGGUCGUGGAGGACGCGGCUGCUGACAUAGUGUUGUCGAAUGAGGAUGCCACCAUUAACGGGUCAUUGAUGUUCAAGGGGAACGUCUUGGCCAAUCAUAUUGACGUGAAUGGCACAAUUGAUGGGGUUGACCUGGAAGACCUUGCCAGACGCAGCCUCAAGAAGGUUUCUGGAAAACGUCAAUUGCUGACAGCGAGUAUCAUAGUCGAUGGAGGGGUUUCCUUUAUGUCUUCUUUGGAGUUACAAAUAGUUAAUAAGAAGCCGUGGACAGACCACCUGAUGAAGGUUAUACCACUGACCUAUGACGGAGUUAUCAGUGGCAAGAAGACGUUCGAAAAAAACGUCUCUAUUCUAGGCGAUUUCAACCCGACUGUCCUUAAUGGAAUUAACAUGUCUCGCCUCGUCUCCAGGAUCCUUACUACCAAUACUGAACAGACAAUUAGCAGCCAGUAUUUUUUUGAAGGCGAUAUCCAAGCGAGGAAUGUGAACGCGCCGAGGAUAGAUGGCGUGGAUGUCGGGGCACUGGCGCUAGUGGACGAGGACGGGGGCGUGCCUCUGGAUCUCCUCUUUAGAGAGCACGUCGCUUUCUUGGACAGUGUGACAUCCACGACUGGUUUUCUUGAUGACUGCCAUAUCCUCGGGCUAAAUAGCUUAGUCAUCUAUUUCGGCCCAAAUCGCACCCUUGAGCUCAACGGAACGACGACCCUGACUGGGUUGCAAGUGAUAAGGGAUGUCGUCGCGAAGGGCAACGUCACUGCAGGACCCAAAGCCAUGGACGUCUUCUAUUUCCUGGAAACUUUAGUUGGAAUUCACGGAGCACAGGACAUAAGCGGAAAAACCGUAUUCACAAACGACAUGUGGAUGUCCAACUUCAGCGGCUCCAUUUUGAAUGGAAUCGACAUAACCGAACUCUACACCACAACUGUUUUAAGCAAUCGGGAUGAGAUUAUUAACUGUGACGUCAAGUUCAACAGGAAUUUAAAGGUCAACAAAACCGUCGUAACUUCUGAUCUCUCUGGUUUAGAUGAAGAUGGUAUUCUGAUCGAUAAUUUGAACGUGACGGAGGUGAGCGAAAAGGCUGUGUUGACGAGUGGAGGUCUUUAUCAUAUUUUCGGCAGAAAGACGUUUUCCAACUUAACUGCUACUGCAUUAAGUGUAGAAGAUUCAAUAGGGAAUGUGCCAGUCGAAAAUUUUGUGGUGGUCUCCCGGCAUGACAGACCUAUAAGAAACCUUGUAUUUAAUGCACCCAUCACCAUUACCGAUCUUCAGGUAAAUGGACUUAUAGAUGGAGUGAAUUUGGAAAACUUGCUUGCAAGCCGGAUCACCCUCAGUGACAAUGGAACCAUCUCAAGAUCACUGGCAUUUGAAGCUGUGAAAGUAGAAGGUGACCUAACGGUGAACAAAAUCAACGAUAUUUAUCUUUCAAAUAUUGUGCUAAAAUCCGGAAGAGAACAGCAAGACAUACUUGGUCGAAAAACUUUGAAUGGAGGUCUGGUUGUCAAUGGAAGUAUGGGAGGCACAGAGAUCAAUGGGAUCGACAUACUCGAACUAAAUCGACUGGUUGUCCGAAAGGAUCGGAACGCAACAUUGGGAAAUGCUAUGACAUUCAGGAAACCCAUAGAAGCCAAAGUAUCAAUUGGGGUACUAGGAGCGGUCAAUGGCUUCAAACUUUCUGAUCUGGAAUACGAUAUGUCUGCUCUUGGGCAGCAAGUUGUGAACCAGAGUGCCAAACUUCAGGAUUUGUACAUGCAACUUGCAAACGCUCACACUGAUAACUUACAACUCUCUUGCGGCCUUUAUCAAACGAUGGCAUUUGGGGAAGAACUCGUAAAUAUGGAAGUAAAAAUCGCUGGAAAAAUGACAUUUGGUCUCCUGGGAGAAAACCUUCCCGUCUUGGCUUUAAGAAAUUGUCAUCUUCAUUGCAAUUGCAGCAUGGAAACUGCAAUUUACAAAGUAGGUGAACAUGGAGGCUUGCAGCUUGACAUUGUAGUCAAAGACAGAGCACUGUUUCUCUUCCAAACUGAUGGUUAUAGUGGAACGCAGCUUGUUUACCAAUGUACGAAUCAAGGUGGAACAAGCAUCUUUAGCUUUCUGGGUAAAGACACAAAAAUUCUUUCAGCUCCCUCUCUGGGUUUUAUAUCUAACGUCAAAUCAUUUACUGUGGAACAAGAUGGAAUCAACAAGACCUAUAUAGUAACUACAGGAACAGAUCUAACAUAUAUGAGUUAUGGCAUUGUAAGUUCCGUAAUUAAUGUUUUGAGACUAGACGAGAAUCAACUUACUAGGGUAUGGUCAACCCAUACUAGGGCCAAGAUCUCUUCACUGGACAUCGCAAAAAUUUUUGGAGUGUGGUGCAUGUUGGUAGCGAAUAUUGCGCAGGUUGAUGAUAAAAUCGACCCAUACACAGCACCUACGCAUUUGUACAAAUGGAACAAAGACGAGUUUGUACUAGUGAAAGAAUACUUUGGUGAACAUGUGACUUCUGCCAUUUUCCUUCGGCCUCGGGUUCCCAGAAACGUGAACUUUUUCUCGGUGGCCCAAUUAAAGGCUGCCAGUACACCUCUUGCUGAAGUAUUCGUGUACAAAUUGCAAGACCUUGAGAAUGCCCAUGGCUUUACACCUUACGCGAGGCUGAAAUCGUACGGUGUGGUCGCCCAACAGCACAUGUUCGUGGGAGACGACCUCUACCUAAUGGCAUUGUCUGAUUACUCGAAGACCCUCGAUGUUUAUGAAUACGUCCCUUCAGAGGGUUUCCGACUGUUCCAGCAACUCCGUGUGUGCGAGAAACCCCUUGAUCUGAAGAGCAUCAAAGCCGGUGACGAAGAGAUGAUGCUGGUAUCGUGUGCAGAGCCGUACAAGUUGAUUAGUUUUCGGUUCAAUGUCAAAGGGGAUGUCAUAUACGUAGAGUUAGUUUUAAUGUUUUAGAUGAAAGAAAUAUUAGAAGAAAUUCUUAAUAUUGUAAAUUACAUAGAUGUUUUACUGGAUAUUUUAUCAAUAUACAUUAAUUCUGCUA